AACCUUAUAAUAUCAAUAUCAAUAAUAACAAUAACAAUAAUAACAAAACAGCAUCUUCAUCACCAUCAUCAUUCAGUUUAAACAAUAGUAAUAGUAAUAAUUAUACAACAGUAGCAUUAGCAUUCAGUUUAAAAAAUAGUUAUAGUAAUAGGAGCAACAAUACAACAACAGCAGCACCAGAACCUACAACAUUCCAUUUAAAAAAUAGUAAUAGUAACUAUACUUUAAAUAGUAUUAGUGAAUAUAGCAAUCUAAAUAAUAAUAGUAUCAGUUUAGCCCAAAGCGCAAGUUGUAGUAGUAUAAGCAGUGUAAUAGUAAUGAUAUCAAUGGGAGUAGCGGUAGUAGCGGUUGCAACAAUAAAAACAGUAAUAUCUUUUUAA